UUCAAUUUAUGGAUCGCGAUUAGUAGAAUUCGAACUCAUCGGGAACGCACUGCAUUCCUCUUGAAUGCCCCGCGUUCAAAGUUACAGGUUAUAUUUUAUUACCCCUUUUACUUUUUACUUUUAUCACUCCUCUUCUAAAAUCGUUGGUCCCCCUCUCGGUGAUUCUCGCUACUGUGCUGGUGAUUCUCCACAAAAGCCACGAUUUCUCUUCUUCUUUUCCUGUAAUCGGCUCAAGAAGCAAAAUGGCAAGGAGAAAUUAGCCACCUCAUGAGGAAAUCACGAAUCACCCGUUCUUGCAAUCUCCUCGUUCUUUGAAUGCAGCCACACUUACAAGACACCAAGGAAGGCUCGAAACAUUACUUCAGAAAAGAAUUGAUAUUGCACCAUAUUUUGACUGGGAAUUUGCAGCCCAACAUGGGAUUGAUGUCCUCAUCCGGGAUUUUUUUGACAUACACUCACUUGGACGCAGGUGGCGUGCCUCUGUUUACAUGUCGGGGUUGGGACCGGUUAUUUAGGAUUCGGGAGCCGGUCUAUCGGGAGUUUUUGCUGGAGUUCUACACUACAGUUGCUUUUGAUCCUAUAAAGCCUCUCAAUGAUAGGAAUGCAUUUUCUUUUCAAUUAGGUGGUGUUAGCAGGGAAUGUAGUGCGAUUGAGCUUGCCAUCAUGGUUGGGGUAUAUACUGCAGAUGAGACGAGGACUCCUCAUAUUCGUGAUUUUCUUUCAUCCUGUAUUGUAGGGACGCAUCAGGAGUAUAAUGAAAACACUUUUUGGGCUCAGCUUACUGGGGAGGUAUAUGUGCCAUCUUCUGCUCGGGGCAGCAUGAUUAGAUCGACUACUUAUAGAUUGUUGCACCGAUUGAUCACGAGCUCUCUCACUCGUCACAAAAUUAGUGAGAGGGUGCCUUCUGGAGAUCUUUCAGCUUUAUGGACUCUUAUUACACCGGGGAGGAACUUAAACCUUCCAUUGACUUUAGCAUUGUAUAUGGCGCGGAAGGCCAGCGGGCGUCGGGAGGAUCCGAUUUGUGGUGGACAUUUCGUUACUCAGUUAGCAGCAUCGUAUUCAUUAUUGACCAGGGAUACUACGAGGGCGAUGAUCCGCUAUGACAUGAGGGUGAUGGGUGUUCAGAAGCUGGAGUCUAUGCGGGUGAUUGCACGAGGGGGUGAUGGUAUUUUUAGGAUAGUGCCUGAUGAUGAGGCACCGGAGGGUGCAGUCGAGCCAUAGCCGCAACGAGUUCAGAGGCGUAGACUUGCUCCUCGAGGAGCGCAGCAGGGACCUGAGCCAAAGAUUGAUAUACGUUACCUACGUCAGCGCAUUGACGAGGGAUUUCAGAGCCUGGGUGAGCGCGUUGCACACGUAGAGAGACGACAUCAGUGGUAUGGGGAUGUGUUGACCGCAUUCUUUGCCCAUCAGGGAUUUUAGUACCCAGUUCCUUUUCCUUCACCAUUCCAAUCAUGACAUGAUGGAGCGGUACAUCUGGGACACAGCAACACGAUGACGAGUGACUUAGUUUUUCCUUUUUGUUUUUAUUUAUUGUUUUUAUGUUAUUUUUAGUUUUUUUUUUGUGCGUUUCUUAGACUUAAUAUUUUUAUUUGGUAUGUAAUUAGUUUAAGUUAGGUUGUUUUAUUUUUGGUACUUUUGUUUUC